CUGCGGGUGCGCGUGCGCAGAGCCUCUGGCUUCUGCCAUUCCAACGCUUUCCAGUCUCACCUUGGCGGGAACUGGGAGGGGCGUGGCCUCGGGAGAGCAUUGUGGUUCUACUCCUCAGUCCUCGUGUGGGAGCCUUGCGCCACAUCCUCGCACUCUCGGAACUGCCAUCUCACUAGGAGCUUGGGAACCUGACGGCCCCGGCUCGCGCGUGCCUUUCUGAGACCAGCGAGGGACACUGUCGCUUCUGACUCCCAUUUUUGGGGUUGGCAGAAAUCAGGAGGGCCUCACGCCAUUUUUGCAGCACGUCCUGAGAUGUUGGGUUCCAGUGGACACUUGUGUUCCCUUGAACAGCCCACAGCCAGUUCCCUAGGUCCUGGUGACAGGAAUCAGAAGAAAAACCACACCACCCAACUACAGGAGCUGGCUCUGCUGAUACCUGUGACCCUGAAGACUGGUUCCAAGAAGCUCACCAAGAAGGAGAUCCUGCUGCACGUCCUGCACUACAUCCAGUACCUGCAGAGGGCCAUCGAUGUGGUCAAGGCCCUACUCAAAUCCUACCUCAGUGAUGAGGAAGGCGGACUUGGGGCACCGGGCUGGAAUCCAGCCUCAGACCAGGCCAGUCGGAGACACUUCACCCCCUCCAGCUCUCCAUGCUCUCAGAACUCCCACGUUUGGGGGGCCCGUCAGAAACCCCGGAAGAAGAAGCUGACCCGAGCAGCACCAGAACUCCAGACCUGGUCCCAAAGGUCUCGCCGCUCUCUGGAUCUGGACACCACAUCUCAGAAGCUGGUGACACCCUCAGAACAGGAAGAAGAAAACAUGGGAUGGACCACCACCCCUCCCAGAUGCCCUGAUGCCUGUGAGGCUGUGCUGCCCUCAGUGCAAGAAGAAAACGGAGAUGAAGAAGCAGGAGCCCAGCUGACGCUGUUGGAUAUGGCCAAUGACAUCGACUUUGAUGACAUCACAAGCCACUAUUAUGCAGAUGGUCCCCAGGAUGAGGAGCCUGACCUUGCCUUCAAGGAUGAGAGCACAGGUGAAAUGAUCUAUUUCCUCAACGGGACAGCGUUCUACCCCAGGCAGCAGAUGGUCUUCUAUGAUUCCAGUCAGGAGGUGGACAAGGACGCUCCAGAUGCUGACCCUUGGCUUCCUGUCUGUCCCUUAGAGGGCAGCUCCCAAGAGAGCCUGCUGGCCUUGCCACCUCCCCAGGUCCCUACCUGGAGUGUGACAGGCCACCCGGAAGAGAUCCUUGGACUCAGCCCUUCCCUCUUCAGCUCCCCAAGCAGGCUGCUGCCAGAACAGAUCUUGGAGGAUGACACCAUGUUUCUGACCCAAGGUCUGUUUGAAGAGGUGCUCUUAGAUCCUGAGUCCUUGCUGGCAGCUCCCCAGGAGAAGGAUGCCCCCGCUGGGGCCGCCCAGGUCCCCCCUGACUUCUACAGCAUGCGCCAGUCCUCAGUCUCCUUGGACCAUUGCUACCUUUCCAUGAGUGACAACAGCAAGGCACUGUCCAGCCCUGGCUCUGACGCUGACACAGCUUCCCUGGUGGACCAGCAGGAGGAUGCACAGGGCUCCCAGUCCUCCAAUGAGGAGGACGAUGACUACACGUGGAGCCCCACCCAGCGCGCCUCCACCCUGUCUGCCGCUGGCAGGAAGAGCAAGAAGGGCCACCGGGCCAGCAAGGCCCCUGUGAAGCCCAAGGAGAGCAAGAAAGCCCCCUGCCCGGCCCCGGUGAAGAAGAAGUGCGUCAAUGGCUUCAUCAUGUUCUGCAGGAUGAACCGGAAGCCUUAUAUCCGAGCCUGUCCUGGAACUGCGUCCACUGCUGCCACCAAGGAGCUGGCCCAACUGUGGCGGAUGAUGACCCAGAAAGAGCGAAAGCCAUACUGCAUCAAGGCUCGCAGAUUCAGCCGCCAACACAACCGCAUCGUGAAGCAGGACAGCUCUGACAGUGAGGAUGAAGAGUGGGAGACCCCCAAGCCCUUCUACCAGCUGCUGGCCGAGAAACUGAUGGCUUCCCAGGACCAGGCCCAGUCUCUGGCUCCUCCCCGUGACUGAGGGCCACACAUCAGCCCCCAGACCAGGAGCCAGUGCAGCUGGGAGGCUGUCCCCAGCCUCAGCCCAUUGUUGUUGGCCCCAGCCAGUCCCCAGGGACUGAGGAUGAGUUGUGUUUAUUUGUGCUUUGCCUGGCACGCGUAAGGCCGCUGCCCUUCCCACCCUGCAGUAAGCAGAGGAGCCCCAGGGUGGGUGGAGGAAACCCAGAUGAACUGCAGGAGGGGAAGUUCACGGUGAGGGCUCCCCACCGCCCCUGGUUUCCCCCCAGCUUGCUGGUCUUUGUUCACACCUCACUCCCCCUUCGCGGUUCUAAUUAGACUAUUUAUUGUUUUAAACAAAAUAAAGCAAGUGGAACCUUUGUUACCACAGGCAAGACAAGGGCAGGCUCUCACUGUACCCCUGCACCCUCAUUGGGGGCACCCUUGCCCCACAAACCAGCCUAGGCCUGCACUCUG